UAAGGGUUUUUUGAUAAGUUGUGUGUUUUUUAGUCUCUUAAUGGAAUCUGGUGUUGGGCUUCUCUGUUUAUCUCUGGAAUACUUUGAUGACACAGUAAUUCACUUAACAAUAACAUAUUCCUGCAGAUAACUCCAGCCAAUCUGUCUCUGCCCUAAAUACUUUGUGUACACAGUAUCUUUCCCAAGUACGCUGCGAUCCAGACCAAGGUCCCAGUAUCAGUGUGCACUGCACACAGCUUCCAAGGAAGAAGCGUUUGGGUAGAAGGGGGUUGUGACAGAGGCUCAUGUUAAAGCACUAGAAAAUGAACCAGGGGUGUGGACGUAUAUUUCCAAGAUCUCUAUAAAAGCCACAGAACAGUUGACAGAAGAUGAUCCAGCACAGAUGAACUACAACAAAUUAUGUGACUGUAAAUAACCAUGAAAACAGCUGUGGGGAUUGCAGCAAGAUCAGCCACCAAAGGGAAACCGUAGGGAAUCGCCAGAAAUUACUAUCCCAGUUGGGGAAAAGAGGGAGAUUAACUGGAGGAGAACACAGAUAUAGAGCAAAGCCUGCAUGUCAAGUGUUAUGCACCAACAAAUUAGAAGCCAGUGGACUUUGGAUGUAGUUGUGCCUGCUCAGGUAGGAUAAGUCUGGCGAACGUCAAGUGUAAUAUCAAUCCUGACCCCCUCCAUCGUCAGGAGACGACAUCCUGCCCUGCCACAGAGAAUGGACUCCAUCGUCCCAAAAUGUGUUUUCCACCUCUAGCGUCUGUGAUUCUGAAUAAUGCUGCAUCCCAUAACCUAGUAACAGAGGUUUCCAAGCUGCGUCCAGUCUCACUGAGGAGGUGGUGGUGAAAACUCUGGAGACUCAAAGUGGGGAGAGAGCUCAGUCUGUCAGUUUCAAAGCAUUUGGAUAAGUGAUUAAAAAUACUGAGCUGCUAGUGAUGGAAGCCUCUACCUGGCGCCGCUCUGGAUAUUUACUUGAUGACAAAGGUAAGAUGAGAAGGAGAGACUCUCCUCUCUCCAGCAAAACCUCCAAGAUGAAGUGCGAAGAUUAUGUUUUGCUGAGUAAGAAGCAAGUUGGCUAUGAGGGCCUGGGACUCCAGACGGAGAGAGAUGAGCCCAAGGGCACUGAUUAUGAUGUGCAUGUUUCCACCAAGAAGUUACAAAUAAGAAGAGGAGUGUGUGAGAGAGGGACCCAGGGACUGAUGGCAGAGGAGUCAUGCUCUAAAAAGCGAACCGUGACCAAAGCAGGUGGGAAAGGUAUGGAAGGUGAAGUCUCUUCAGAGGUGUUUGAAAUGCAGUUUGGACAGCAGUGUUUGGGAGAUGAGGCUGAAAGCAGGAAGGCGAACGCUGUUGUUUAUAGGCUGGAGAAAGCUGAAAUCAAUAUCUCCAGCCAAGAGGGAGAAAUUCAUCCAUUUGUCCACACGGAACCUGAAGGGAGAAAGGAAAUGACAGAAUACAAGUUGCCUCUGAUCCGGAGAAAUGCCAGCCACCAGGAAAGUUACCAAGGGACAGAGCAAGCUGCAGCUGGAAGGGUAAAUAUGAUCAACGCUUUUCAAGGAACACUGAAGACGCAGAUAAGCUGGUCGGACUCAGAAAGUAGCAUAGAGAGCAGACAAGUUAACAAGCUGACACUGAACUCUCCCUCGGAGGAAAAUAAACCCAGCGUCCAGAGCAGGUCAGAUAGCAGGGAGCGAGAAGCCAUGGUGAUGGAUUGUACAUUGCAAAGCAAAGAGGCCAGAACAGUGCAAUCUGCUUCACAUACCUUUUGGGAAAGCAGCAAUCCAGGUGGAAACUUUAGGCAGACAGUUAAUUUUUCCUCUCCUACUGAAAGCUCUGCAGACCAUUGCCCCAAUGGUCAGACUGGUGAAAAGGAUCCAGCAGGAAAGCUUGAUAAAGAUAAGCAGGUAGUGAAGAGCCUUGAGAUAAUGGUCUCAGCAAUUUCAAAUUGUGCUCUGAUUGCCGGAGAUUCGAGAGAGAAUGACAGCCACGUCCUUCACCCUGAGAGUGGAGAAGACCUCAGAAGUGAGGCAGAUUCAGUGGUAUCCGAUUCAAACAGCCAGCAAAACUCCUCAAAAGCCCCUUCACCCAGGUUACAAACUGAAGGUUUGGCAGUGAGUUUCAGUGAGACUGUAACAAUGUCAGAGGUGCUACAGAAACCACAUGAUAGGACUGCUUCUAGCAAAAACCAGCCGGAAGCUACAUUUCCAGAUAGUGCAACUAAAAUCACCGGAGAAAGGAUCCCAGGAGGGGGCCCAGCUCAGCAGGAGCCAAAGGGGGAGGAAAAUCAAGAGGAUGAAAAAGUGCUUAAAGUUGCAGAUGUGAAGAAAACUUUCGAAAGGCAGAAGUCUGCAGAAGGCAAAGCGUCAGCACCUCCGCACAGUACAGCCAGAAAAGACACAAUGAGGCGAGUGGUACGACAGAGCAAAUUUCGGCAUGUGUUUGGGCAAGCAGUGAAAAAUGACCAGUGUUAUGACGACAUCCGGGUUUCCCGUGUUACCUGGGAUAGUUCCUUUUGUGUAGUAAACCCCAAAUUUGUUGCAAUAAUCAUAGAAGCUAGUGGUGGUGGAGCGUUCCUGGUGCUGCCCUUGCACAAGACAGGCAGAAUUGACAAGUCGUACCCAACAGUAUGUGGUCACACAGGACCGGUGCUUGACAUAGACUGGAGUCCCCAUAAUGAUCAGGUCAUUGCCAGUGGUUCUGAGGACUGCACUGUCAUGGUAUGGCAGAUCCCAGAGAACGGACUCACUCUCUCCUUGACGGAGCCUGUGGUAGUUUUAGAAGGCCAUUCAAAAAGAGUUGGCAUCGUUGCGUGGCAUCCAACUGCACGCAAUGUGCUGCUCAGUGCAGGUUGUGAUAAUAUAGUCAUUAUCUGGAAUGUGGGAACAGGUGAAGCCCUUAUAAACCUGGAUGACAUGCAUCUGGACAUGAUUUACAAUGUGAGCUGGAAUCGCAACGGCAGCCUGAUCUGUACAGCUUCUAAAGACAAAAAAGUCCGAGUGAUUGACCCUAGGAAACAAGAAAUUGUUGCUGAGAAGGAGAGGGCCCAUGAGGGAGCGCGGCCCAUGAGAGCCAUCUUCCUCUCCGAUGGCAACGUCUUUACCACCGGCUUCAGCCGCAUGAGUGAACGGCAGCUCGCCCUGUGGAAUCCUAAAAAUAUGGAAGAACCAAUAGCCCUGCAUGAAAUGGACACCAGCAAUGGGGUGCUGCUUCCAUUCUACGACCCGGACACCAAUAUCAUUUACUUGUGUGGCAAGGGUGACAGCAGCAUUCGCUACUUUGAGAUCACCGAUGAAUCCCCAUAUGUCCACUACCUCAACACCUUCAGCAGCAAAGAACCGCAGAGGGGGAUGGGGUUCAUGCCAAAGAGGGGCCUGGAUGUGAACAAGUGUGAAAUCGCCAGAUUCUUCAAACUUCACGAGCGGAAGUGCGAGCCCAUUAUCAUGACGGUCCCCCGAAAGUCUGACCUUUUCCAAGAUGACCUGUAUCCCGAUACGGCUGGUCCUGAAGCAGCCCUGGAAGCUGAAGAGUGGUUUGAGGGGAAGAACGCUGAUCCCAUUCUCAUUUCUUUGAAACAUGGGUACAUUCCAGGCAAAAACAGGGAUCUCAAGGUGGUCAAAAAGAACAUAUUGGACAACAAGCCUGCAGCAAACAAGAAAAGCGAUCUCAUUAACACCCCAAAGAAAGCAGCAGACACCUCAAACAUUCAAAACGAAGCCAAAUUGGAUGAGAUUUUGAAAGAGCUUAAAUCUAUAAAAGACACAAUCUCCAAUCAAGACGAGCGCAUUUCCAAGUUAGAACAGCAGAUGGCGAAGAUGACGGUUUGAGAGCAAAGGGAGCAGAACUUUGAGCUGGAGCAGGGCUGGGGAGGCACUGCCGUUCAAGAAGACAUUCCAUUUCAGAAGUUCGUCAAGCAGCAGCGUGCAGCAUUCCAAUAAGAACUUUAUUAUUCUCCUAAAUUAACUUCAGCGAAAGCCGAUGAUUAAAAGCCAAGCUUUUUAGUGAACAAUUUUUCUGAUGUUUUAAUGUGUUACGUGACUUGGUCAAAAUUAAGUCAAAAGAAUAAGUGCUACUUUUACAAUUUGUUUCCAGAUGUUAUGAAUUUUUGAAAACAAACUAUUCUGACUGUCAGUGUUGUGCCCAAUUAUCCUUUUAUAGAAUUAGGGACCAACGCCACAUUGUUCUUAACCAUUUUUUUUAAAGUUGCCACAAAAAAAAGCCUUUUAUUUUUCCUAUUUGGCACUUUGCAGUAUUUGUUUUUUAAAUCUAAAGGGACACCACUGUGUGUGUGAGUGUGUAGAGAUUGGGGUGUGGCUGUGCAUGUGUGUGUUUAUACUGUGUAGAGAACAAAAUGAAGCUGUUUUGUAUAAAUCUUCAUCUUUGAACAAUCUGAUCAGUUCCAUUUGCAGUGUGGACAAGGCAGUUCUAGAGCCCCUCCCAUAAACCCAUGUGAGUUGACUUUACUGCCUUUUUAACAGUGUCCCAGUCACCAUCAGCACCUAGCUUAAAAAACUUGGUUGUGAGUGAAGUGACUCAUGUCACCCAUAACUCUUUUUUCCCUUUCUACAUUCGAGAGACUGACCCCUUGUCCUGGAGCCAUGCUGUCCUCUUCCAACACUCUGUGCUUGGAUUAUCCUAACGUUGUCAGAAUGGGCAUUUUGUUUUUUAAAGGCCAAAUAUUUUUUACAUUGCAGAUGUUCAUUCUGUUUAUCAGCUAACAUAAGGUGGAAGGGUGCGCAGCGAAAUAGCUAAGACGAAUGCCCAGAAUUCUGAUUUGCAAGCCAGCGGGACGUGAGCACGUAGCCAAGUUUUCCAUUAUGUCUAUUCCAAUCCUUUGCCUAUCUGUAAAUUUGUGUCUCUGCAUUAAAUGCUGCAAGACCAGGCUCCUUUGCUCAUAAAGAAGCUCUUAAAUUUGUGAGCUUAAACUAAUUUCUGCCCCCAUUUUUGAUGCUGAGGAGUUCCAGCCCCAAUAUGGCUUUCAGAGCAGCAUUAGAAGUAGUUGGGUAACAUUCCAAUGACAGGGCUCCAAAAUCAAAACCCUUCCAAUACCUGUUCUCCCUCUGUCACUCUCUCCUGGUAACCCCUGGGAUGGGAUUUUACUAUAGCUGGUGGGAACACAAGAUUUCCUGAAAUAUAAGUGACCUUUAUCUCCAGUCCCAUUGCAGUCCUAGCUUUUCUGCCCUGGUCUCAGAAACCUUUGAGAUCCUCAGGUGAAAGAUUCGAUUAAGUGCAUGUUAAUCCAAAGCCAACAUCCUGACUUGGGUGUGGGGCUACGACUGCCUCAGCCCAGUGACUGUCUGCUUACCAUGAGGGUCUGCGUCAUGAGAGGGAGCGGCGUUUGGGCCCUGAUCGGGCUUGCAAAGGAUUUACCUGCAGGGGUGAGCGCUUCAGCACCUGUUGGGGCAGAGGGUGCUAGACCUCUGGUAGUCGGCACAGUUUGCUGUGAUACGUGUUGAGCACCACCCAGGCCAGGGCAACUUGCCUUGGCACCGGGGAAGAGGCAGAUCAACCACAAAUGCAGUUAAAACCUGUCUGUGGGCCAGAGCAGUGAACCAGCUGAUAAGACUAAAAUACCCUUUUCCACCUGAGGUUUGAUCCCUGAAGGGUCUCACUACUGCUUAAUAUAUAUACACACACACGGGGACUGCUUUCCCAAUUAACUGAGGAAGUGCCAGACGAGAGGCUGCCUUUGCAUGGGGCAGGUUCGCAUUCCUUCAUCUGGGCAAAGGAGUGAGCGCUGAAUUUCUCUUCCAGUAGUUUAGCUAGAAUUUCUCAAGUUCUCCAUUUUCUUGUAUUUGCAUGUUCAAAACUUAUGAUGGAGUCUCUUGUUCUGGAAGGGGAGUGGUUCUGACCGAAGGUGAAGCCGUACCAUUGGGACAGUUAAGUGAACUUUUAGCAGGUGAAACGUAAGAGUUGAUGAGAGAGGACAGAGAAAGUGUACAGUGUCACCGGAUGAAAGCUUCAUAAAACCAGCUCUGGGUUAUUUAAGGCAGUGAGCCAAUGUUCUUGGCGUUGUGGGUUGAAAAUUGAGUUUGCAGCCUAGACAAUUCAUUGAAUGUUUGGUGUGUUUUGUACUGCGAUCAAUGGCUGGUGGGGUGGGGUGGAUUUUGGCAGACAAAACCCAGUUCUCCCCUGGGUAGUGAUCUCCUUGUUAAUUUGUAUGUGUGUGCUGGGGGGUCUUUGUUUUUCUAAUCGGAGGGAAUGAAGUUUCUGAAAUGCCAGAUUUAACUGCCCAACCAACACUGUUGUAAGGUAGAGUGAUGGUUUAAAGAGAAGGGGGCGGGGAAAGUCCUCCUUGGUUUUUUAGUUUAUUGCUUGUAUUUUAUUUAAAUGAACUGAUGAUGCCUAGCCAGGCUCAAACGGAGUCAGUGCCUGAAGCUUUUUUUAGCCGUGAUAUCCCAGGAGAGAACCAGCAAAGCAUUGGAGAGAUGCGCUCUUAUAGAGCGUCCGUAGUAUCCUGUCCAAAUAUUUGCUUCCAUUUUCAAAGAUAAAAUCCUUGAUUACAAAGUUC